UUAUUUCUUCUCAUAAAAAUUAUUUCUUCUGUUCUAUAAAGAUAAAUCCUGAAACUGCUUCUAGGAGAAUUUGUCAUUAAUGGAUUGCUGAUACACCCUUCCCUAGCUACGUUGUCAAAACUAGAGAUAAAAUAAGCAGGAUAACCACCAUACCUGGGCUAUACAUACGAUUCGAAGAAAGCUUUGUAUAUAUUCGAGAGGCAAACCAACGAGAAAAGAAGGAAAAAAAUACGCAUCACGCUUUCUGUAGUACUAAUUGCUGAAGAGAAAAAAGUGGGAUUUCAUUUUCAGAUGUCGUGGCUGGUUCGAUCCCUCGCUGCCCCAUUUCAAGAGCAAAACGAGCAGACACCCAACAUCCACAACGAUGGGGAUGAGCCACGCGAGGCAAAAGAAGAAAACCCUUCAUCUACUGGCAUCGGAGUGAAGGAAGAUCUUUCAGAGCUUACAAAUACCCUCAAACGCCAAUUCUGGGGCGUUGCCCACUUCAUAGCGCCGCCUCCCUCCGUCAAAGUCGCUGACGACCCGUCGCCCGAAGACAGUGAUGCCCCUGAUCGAUUUCAGACCGAUAUUCCCGGGAGAUUCAAAACGGGCUUCUCGCGUAUCUCCUCUGUCAUACAAAGCCUCGCAACGGAUCAAGAUGAAUCUCAAUUUGAAUCUGAGGAUAAAAUUAGUGGGUCUCCUAAGCCUGUGAAUUUUUCAGCCAGUAUUAGUGAAAUUUCUAGGCUUGCGUCGAGCUUUCUGAGUUCGAAUUUGGGGAAAUUGAACGAGGGGGAUGAAGAUAGGGUUGUGGGUUUGACGGAAGAAGUUCUCGGCUUUGCAGCUGAUGUGACGCAGCAUCCCGGAACUUGGUUGGAUUUUCCCUUGGACAGAGAAGAUGGAGAUGAUUUUGAUAUGUCUGAUGUUCAGCAAGAGCAUGCCCUGGGUGUUGAACGUCACGUCCCAAGUCUAGCUGCCCUAAGGAUUGAUCUUUGCCCAGGGUAUAUGAGUGAAAAUCGAUUCUGGAUGAUAUAUUUUGUUCUCAUACACCCUCGACUUAGCCAGGAAGACGCACUUCUUCUUUCGACACCCCCAAUAUUGGAGGCCAGAGCCUUGCUUUCACAGGAGUUGCAGAGAAGAAGUAUGACUGAAUCAAGUAAUGUUGAAAGAGGUUUGGAUACUGCAGAAGGAACAAGUCCCCUGGUUCCUCAAAAGCUGGAAAAUGAGCAAUUGUUACCAAUUACAAACAACCAUGAAAAGGCAGAAUCCAUCGAGUCUGUAUCACCUGCAAGUACAACAUCAGUAACUGCUAAUAACGUUGAGGGAGAUCACCAACUGUCCAGUAUGAGGGAAACAUCUAGUCAGACAAUUCCAACCGAGGAUUUGUCUCUUCAGAAGAAAGAUGUAAUGAUAGGGUCUUCAAAUCAGUCAGACCUGAAGCAUGAUGAUGAAGAUCAAGAGGUAGAAGACUGGCUGCAAGAAGAAGCAGAUGGACAUGAAGCACCUACAAGCAACACCCCACAAUUGGGAAAUGAGGAAGAUGUUUCCUUCAGUGAUCUAGAAGAUGAUGAUGAUGAUGAUGAUGCACAUAAAUAAACAGCUUCUCAGAGUGUAUCCUGCAUUGGAAAAUUCAUCAGGAUACAAAAGAUGAUUAAUUCAGCUCAAUAGAGGUCUUUGUACUUAGCAUUGUGCUAGUUGAAAUGCAGUCAAUGCAAAUAAAUAGGAAUUGAGGAUUGUACAUUCAAUUAAUGUCAAUUCCUUGAAGUUGUCAACAAUGUUCAGUUGGGCAGCUGACAAAGAUGACAGUGCUUACAAUGCCGACUUUGGCAUAAGACAAUGCUUCUUGUUAUGGACAAAAUAUGUGUUGGAUACUUAGGCUACUGAGUUUUUGUUGGCUGAUUUCCUUUCGUUUUUAUUAAACGAUGUAUAUAUUGGUUACUGAUACUGUAUUAUCAUCUUUGUUAAUCAAAUGUUAAUAUUUUAAACCAUUUGUCUUUA